AUGGCUGCCAACACCUCGGUCGCGUUUGACCUUCCGCCUCUCCCAAGCUACACGCUACAUGUACGGGAACCGGUUCUUCCGCCCAUUCCCGAUAGUGCCGUCGCACUUUUGCUGCCUAUCAUCGCCUAUUGGGCUCUGUCCAUGAUCUACCACUUCUUGGACGUGAACAACUAUUUCGAAGAGUAUCGCCUACACACCCCCGCCGAACUGUCAAAAAGGAACCGAGUGACCCGGUGGGAAGUCGUCCGCGAUGUCAUCUUGCAGCAGGUGAUCCAGACACUGGCCGGAAUGUCUGUCGCGUAUUUCGAUCCGGUUGAGAUGGCAGGGAAGGAGGAUUAUGAUGUCGCGGUGUGGGCCCAGAGAAUCCGCAUUGCUCAGCGAGCGAUCCCGACUAUUCUGGCUAUCGCGGGCGUGGACGCCCCGAGCCUGGCCCAGAAGGUUUCGCAGAGCGGACACACCGUGUUGGGCGGAGUUCUAGCUGGUGGUUCCUACCCGGGCGUUGUUCAAUCGAUGGUCCUCGAUAGCGGAGUGGAAACGACCGUUCCAGCCUUCAACGGUUGGGAGCUAACACUGGCCGGGUUCAUCUACUGGUACUUAAUCCCGGGCCUGCAAUUUCUGCUUGCCAUCUCUAUCGUUGAUACUUGGCAGUACUUCCUUCACCGGGCGAUGCAUUUGAACCGCUGGCUCUAUGUGACCUUCCACUCCCGUCACCAUCGCCUGUACGUUCCUUACGCCUUUGGUGCCUUGUACAAUCACCCCGUGGAAGGAUUUCUCUUGGAUACUGCCGGCACUGGCAUUGGUUUUUUGGUUUCCGGCAUGACCAACCGUCAAGCUAUGUGGUUCUUUACCUGCUCGACCAUCAAGACGGUCGACGACCACUGCGGCUACGCCUUCCCAUGGGAUCCCUUGCAGCACUUCACAUCGAACAACGCGGCCUAUCACGAUAUCCACCACCAGAGCUGGGGCAUCAAGACCAACUUCUCUCAACCAUUUUUCAUCUUCUGGGAUCGCCUGCUGAACACUCAAUGGAAGGGUGAGGUCAAACUUCGCUACGAGCGUGCUCGCGAAAAUGCUCAGAAGCAGGUGGAUAUGGAUGCAGCUCAAGCCGCGGAUGCCGCGACUGCAUCGGUCAACGAGGAGCCUGAGCCUCAGCCAGCCAUCGUGUCCUCGGAAGGGCCAGCAACACGAACUCGCCUGCGUCGCAAGACCGUCGACAGCUUAAAGGGCCCUAGCCACGGAGUACCCGGCAGCGUGCUGCACAACUGA